AUGUCAAAUCAUUCGAAUUUCCCCUUCGCCAUUCCCGAGGCGUCAAACGAGCGCACCAAGCUUGUCGCAUUCGACCCUGACAAGCAUUGCGAUACUUUUUUCCGCCUCUCUUCACCACACUCUGAGAUAUACGCGCAUAUGCCAAUGCUACCACCGAGCUCAGCAGCAGAGCUCAAAGCCCGGUUUCAUAGUGACUCAACGACGCACAUAUUAUCGUUCGCCAAUCCUCAAUCGUUUGCUUUCGCUAUCAUAGACAAGACUCGACCACCCUCUGCUGAAGAUCCGGAAGGCGAGCUAGCAGGAACUGUCAGCUUUAUCCGCACGUCUCCGGUGGAUCUGUGCACCGAGAUCGGGUUCAUUGUCAUUCUGCCACCAUACCAACGCAGCCAUGUUGCAACUAACGCUGUUGGGCUUGCUCUCCAGGUGGCUUUUGAGUCACCUGAAGAUGGUGGGAUUGGGUUAAAGCGAGUCCACUGGAUGGCCAGUUCGCGAAAUCUUGCAAGUGCUCGACUUGCCGAGCGAAUGGGAUUUGAAAAUGUUGGGGUGAUCCCCUGGCAUAUGCGCUUUGUCAAAGGCAAAUUAAAUGGCAAAAUUGGAAAUGACAGAGUACCACCACCUGGGAGCGAUCCCGAAGAUCUGUGGAGGGAUACGCUCAGUUUUAGUCUAGCGUGGGAUCGAUGGGAGAGGGCGGUCAAAAAAUUGACCGAAGUGGCAAUGGAGAGGUAG